GAAGCCCUGCCGGGGGUGGGAGGGGGGAGGAGGCCUGGCGGCCGGGAGCAGAGCGCGGUCGAGCCGAGCCCCGGAGCCGUAGGUCUCCUGCCCGCUUGUAAGUGCAACUGGUAUGGGUAAUGGUGUGAGAGAAGGUCAAGUGGAUUUCAAACGGCAGGAUGUGGAGCCAGUUGCAUCAACUCAUCUUCCUUCAGAGGGUGUCCAGGAGCAAAAGAAGGUUCUCAACUCCCUGAUGUCUGGUGCAUUGGCUGGUGCUGUUGCUAAAACUGCAGUAGCUCCACUGGAUAGGACGAAAAUCAUGUUUCAAGUGUCUUCAAAAAGAUUCUCUGCCAAGGAAGCCUACAGGCUGAUUUAUCGCACCUACCUCAAUGAAGGCUUCUGGAGUCUCUGGCGGGGGAACUCAGCCACCAUGGUCCGUGUGAUCCCUUAUGCUGCCAUUCAGUUCUGCGCGCACGAAGAGUACAAGCAGCUCCUGGGGAGUUAUUACGGCUUCCAGGGAAAAGCGCUGACACCCUUUCCUCGAUUCAUUGCUGGCUCUCUGGCAGGCACAACGGCUGCCAUGUUAACCUACCCCUUGGAUAUGGUCCGUGCUCGAAUGGCUGUCACGCCGAAGGAGAUGUACAGCAAUAUUGUUCAUGUCUUCAUCCGAAUAUCCCGAGAGGAAGGAUUGAAGACGUUGUAUAGAGGAUUUACACCAACCAUCCUUGGAGUGAUUCCAUAUGCCGGGCUUAGCUUCUUCACCUAUGAGACGCUGAAGAAACUACAUGCAGAUCACAGUGGGAAAUCGCAGCCAUCGCCUCCGGAGCGGCUUCUGUUUGGUGCCUGUGCAGGCUUGAUUGGCCAGUCGGCUUCCUACCCCCUGGAUGUGGUGCGCCGACGAAUGCAGACGGCGGGGGUUAUGGGACACACGUACAGUUCCAUCCUUCUCACCAUGCAGGAGAUUAUAAGAGAAGAGGGACUAAUCCGUGGCUUGUACAAAGGACUCAGCAUGAAUUGGGUCAAAGGUCCAAUUGCAGUGGGAAUAAGCUUCACGACCUUUGACCUGACGCAGAUCCUUCUCCGUAAAUUACAGCACAGCACUAAUGUUGAAAGGUAGUAGCUUAAUCCCCACAGCCCUGGCUGGAGAAAAGUACAACACGUGUAGAAAGAGCAAUGCUAGUGUUCCCUCACUUUGUACGUGCUCUCCUGCAGUUGAGAACUUUUCUUUCUUGUUUGUUUGUUCACUUUGUGGUGGUGGUGUUUUUUUUCAUUUUUUUCCCUUUUUUUUUCUCUUUAACGAGCCUCUGUGUUGUUUGGAAACCUCAACCUGAAACUAACCCUUUCCUAAAAGAAGUUCUUCUUACCGUUCUGUGGACCUGUGUCCUCUAGAGUAGCUGCCUCAUCCUUCUGUCUUAUUCUUUGAUACCAGGAGUGGAGCCUCUCAAACAAACACAUGCUGCUGCUGGCUCCUCACCUGGUCUCUGUGGGCAGGUGAAGUGGUGGAUGAUGAAAGAGAGGACUCGGUGCUGUUGGAGUGAACUCCUGAAUUUGGGAAGUGACUGCUACUCCUGGUAGGCAGCUCUUACUGCACACGUGUUAGCUGGAGGCAGUCUGCCAAGUGCAAUAUUCCAGUUAAUCUGUGGGGAAUUCCAGAUUCCUCUGACCUGUAAGCAUGGGUCUCUGUAAAGCAGGACACAGCAGGAUUUAACAGGUCCGGGUCACUUCUUUUGUUCUGGAUGUUGAAUGUGAGCUGUGGCUGGAAAUGCUGCCCUUUUUCAAAUGUUCUUCUCAUUUCUGGGUUGAGUUGCAUAAAAUAUCCCUUGCUUGCAGUGUCCUUCCGAGAUUACCAAAGACUGUAGACAGCAGGGGAGGAAAGUUCUGAGCAGUUUUGUAAAUCAAAUUCUUAUGUUUGUCAGUGUCAUUGACUAGGGGCUGUGCCUGGAUUCGCAAACUGGAUUGAGUUGAACUGCAGUAGUGCUUUCGGGCCAUCUGCACCCUUCCAUUGUUGUCAUGGUCUUAAAGGCAGCAUUUUCUGAGGGAUUUGGCAGGCUGUGCCCUAGACGAGAAAAAGAACUGUUACAUACUUAAAUUCCGAGCAGUUAUAUCUUUCAGUAUUAUUGUUGCUGCUUUAUGUGUUUUGCAAGAACAAACAUCUCAAAGAUGCACGUGUGAUGCAGAUCUAGCUACCCUGAAAGGCUGUUUCUGUCUGGUGAAGGCAGCCUAGUAGUCACCUAAAGCUGCUGGCCCUGCUUGCGAACAACCGUGUUGUCAUUUGCCUGCUGUGUAGGUUGCGUCAACUCCGUUCGUUAAUCCGUACCUGAGCCCACUUGGUUUUGUUCCUGGAGUUCUUCUGGACCAACUGUGUCCUCAGGAGAAUGGGCUCCACAGUCAGUAUUGACCCCUCAGAAAUGAAAUAUAGUGCCAAUCGUUUCCAGUUGCAAUUUGAAAAUGAAUGGUAAAGUACCUUUCAUUGUUUCUAUUUCAAGUCAGGCUUCAGAGAAAUGGAGAUUUGAGGGUGGUUUUGUUUUAUGUUCCAUUCCUGUAUUAAAUUUGGAGUGCAAGAGAGGUCACAACAAGCUUUAGACUUCUCUGCGAAUCCGAUUCCACGAGCCAAGAUUAAAAAUCCCUUUCCAGCUGAUAUAGUUCAUGUAGAGGGGAGAUAACAUACAAAAGAAAAAUAAGGCAUAAUUUAAAAGCUGUUCUUCUCUGGUGUAUAUAUUUUAGUCAUUGUAGUUCGAGCCUUGUGUCACGGCUUUAUUAAUGGGAAUGGAGGUAAUUGCACAAUUGGUAGAAAUAGCUUUCUCCUUUCUUUUGUCUUUGCACUUGUUCUUUGGAGCAGAACUUGCUUCUAAUGCCAAAUAUUUCCCUAGGAAUCGAGCACCUGUGCUUCCAUUUUGUGGUCAUGGUGGAGAGUCAGCAUUCUGAAGUAUUAGCAUGCGUGUUGAUCCCAAAACAUGGGGUCAAUCGUACUUUAAAUGGUUGUGGAUGGGCGGGAUAUUAACCUCAGUAAUUUCUGCCUCUAAGCCCACAGAUGAUGAUUUCCCUUGUGAAACUUGACUGCAGUCACUGAUUUACCUUGUAAUUAACGUUAGGUGUCGUCAUAAGAGUCUUCAGAGAUGGUAGCCAUGAAAUCUGUAUAUUUUUUUGCUCCCGUUGUUAAUGGAAGAUUAUCAUCUGUUUUCUUCAUUUGGGUGUGAAAGGUUUAGUCCUUCGCAAGAGCUCUGAUUUCUUUUCUCCAAUGGAGAAGCCAAUUACUUCUGCUCUUGUCUUUCUCUUGUUUGGCCCAGGGAGGAAACACGAAGGCAGUUGCAUCCUACCACAAAAGUGAGGUACAGACCAACGAGGAGAGUCAGUGGUUGACUGUGUGUACGUGUGUAUGCGUGUCCGACUGUGAGUACAAUCCAUGCCAAGUUCUCUCUCAGCUUGGAGGCUGCUGGUUCAAGGCACGGCCCUUUCUGCACAGCUGGUGGGUACUGUAUGAACAGGAAAGGGGGCAGAAUUGUGGCGUCCAAGCUUGAGCAGGCUGCUUUGCUCCCAGUACGGUAGGUCAUCGGAGGCAAGCGCAGCAGACCUUGUCUUAGGAGGUGUUGAGCAUCGCUGAACUCCUGUGGCAACAGAGGUGGCUUAAUUCCUCCUGGGUUCUAAGAAAGGAUUUACACUGGAUGACUAGCCUCUUGUUUGGGACCGAACAGGAGGACGGAUUUGCACGGGGUACCUUCUGCCACAUCAGGAGUGCAGCUGAUGUGUUAAAUGAACAGGAAGCCUGGGGAGGAGACAGCUCCUGGCUGGGUGGCCCUGGCAUUGCCCCCCUUGCACCACGAGUGCGGUGCGGGUGGCUCGUCUAGAGCCUGAGGACCCUGAGCUGAGAAUCGAGACCUGAAGUACAGCCAGGCUCGGAAGUACUGAGCUGAGAGAAGCUGUUCUUUAAUUAGCAGCUGCACCUGAUUUUAAUUCAACGAACUUUUAGCCAAACGUGGUUUUCCAAGUUUUACAGGCUGAGCGCUCAUUCAGAGAGAGAUCUGAAUUCAGUCUGUAAUGGUUUUGGUGCUUUUGUUUCUUGGGCAAAAGAGUAACUGUGUUACUGCUUUGGGCUGUUUUAAAUAGCUUUUUUUUUUUUUAUCUGAUUUGAAUGUAGAAGAGGAGAAACGGAGUGUUCUCUUCCCUUCUCUUAAUCCUUGCAUGAAUUGUGACGUGUUCCAGAUCUCUGUGCUGCCUGGAAUGAGUGCCUGAGGAGUUUCGGGCAUGGUGAUUUGGAAUGGGAAGGUGCCUGUGGUGUGCUGGCAAGGAAGGUCUGUUGCCUUUAGGUCUGAGAAAGAAGACAAGUCUAGCAGGAAUAUCCUCUAGUCCUUCUUUUCUUUAGGACUACUUUACUACCACAAAUUCUGAUUUUUUUUUUUUCCUUUUGCUCUUCUCAGAUUCCUUGCUUUUAUUUUCAACUCACGUAUCUUAAUUUUCUCUAAUGCAUUACUGCCAAACAUUCAUUCGUGCUUAUUUUUUCUUGUCCAUUCUCCCUUUCUUCCUGAUUCUGCACCUUUAGUCCUGCACUAGCACUUCGAGAAAAUCAGGUCCAAUGAAAUGCAUCCAAAAUGACAAAACGGCAGUUUUGAUAGCGAUCCCUGAAACAGCCCAACGAGGCUUUCUGCUCACCGGCAAGGAUGCCUGUGUUUGGGGGCAAGAAGUUAAAGGCACUGGGUAAUGGGGCAGGAGGCUUUUUGAAAGGUUCUUGAAUUAAUUGGCCGGUCUAGCGCCUUUCCUUCUCCACAUGCUUGAAAUGCUGCUUGUCAUUUCCUCUGUCGGUACCUCCACGUGAUGCUCACCGUGCUCUGUGACGGUGGCUGCUUGCUGGGUCGGCGGCUUGGGGAGAGCUUGUACUUCUGGAGGCUCGGAGGGUCAGGUGAGGAAAGUUCAGAGGUGGGACCUGAGCUGGCUUCUUGCAGACCCCUUUGCCCUGCGUUCCCUGCCAGUUCCCCGGGAGGACAGGCUGGGUGCUGGUGGGACCGUGGUGGAAGGAUUGGGAGAGGAAUCACAGCCUCCUGAGGCACAAAGUCACGGCCAGCCCUGGGAUGGGUGGCAUGGUGUAGCACUGGUACUCGAUGAGAGCUCUUCCAGAGCAGUUCCCUGCCUUCUCUGGAAGAAUUGUGGUACUUCUGUUUUUGUAGCCUUCCACCGAGAAGGACUCGAGCACUGUCAUCUUCACUCUGUGGUGUCACGAACACAAAAGCAGGUGAGGCACGAAAGGAAACUUUGGGCAGAAGCACUUUGGCGAGCCUGAGCGAGUCUGGUGCCAGUUCCAGGCAGGCAGGAGGGGAGGCAAGGCCGUGCAAUCCUUCCUGUGCCCUUUGUGCAGUGUCUGACCGCGUACUCGGGCUCUGCAGAGAGCCAGGGCACGUCACGGACCCUCCCUGACCGGACUGGGCCAGAGAAAAGGAGGUGGCCAUCCUACAAAACAGCCUUUUUAUUGUAGGGGCCGCUUCCUCCCGCUCCCCCUGCCUCCCCCUUACACGCCGUGUGAUGCAGGGUUUCCCAGCACUGCUCACUGCCUGUGUGGUCUAUGCAUAUUUUAGCACAAACACUGUUAAAUGCCUUUUGUCGGGACGUGUCCUCACCAUCGGCGUGUGUGUAUGUGUGUGCGCGUGUCAAUUUGGACUGCUUUUCUUGGAUCUGGAGUUCUAUUUUAUUGCAGUGAAGACACUUUGUUAUAUAUAAUGUUUAUAUAUUUUAAGAUUUGUGCCAAGAGAGGAUGUAUAUUUAAUAAAAAAUCUAAUUGACUUUG